ACGGAAAUUAUUCGAACGUUGGGUUGGAAGAAGGUAACAACAUCAUUGUUUGUCUCGUGAAGAAUUUCUAUCUUUAUUUAUUAAUUGUAAUAUAUAUAUAUAUAUGUGUGUGUACAUAAUUUCAAAUACGUCGAGUAUUGAAUAGGAAUAUUAUAUAUAUUACAAUUAAAUAAUCGAACAAUGAGGUAAUAAAGAAAAGUCGAAGAAGUGGUCUGUUUUUUCUAUCCCAAACAACUCGUAGUAACAGUUUGAAGAAGAAAAUAAAAUGAGUUCCAGAAGGUCAACUCCGAAGAAAUCGUGUAGAAGUUUUGGUUCCCGGAGGCGGAGCGGCAGGUACCACUCCGACACCACGGACAGCUCGAUUUCUUACACCUCUUCCUCGGAGUCGUCGCUUUCGGAGGAUUGCGAUUGUUCGGAAUGCGAUUGUUUCGAAUUCGAUAGCUCGCCCCGAAGAGCGAAACGGAGAACGAGAACGAGCCGAAAGGGGAAACGGAACAACGGGAGGCGAUCCUCCAACAAAUCGUCGAAAUCAUCGUGCGACAGCGGCAAGUCUUCCAGAAAGAAAGCUUCUGGAAGACGCAAAAGACGAUCGUCGUCCUCGUGCUCGUCUUCCUCGGAUUCCUCGAGUUCGUACACAAGCGAUGGAGAAUAUUGCGGUUGCGGCACGUCUAACAGACCACGUCAAAGAAACAAAGCUUGAACGCGUUUCAUCACUUUCAACCAUUCGACGACAUCCAUACAGUCGAUAUAUAUAAUCUCUAUAUUUUUAUCUCAUGAUAACCAUUUUCGUUUAUUUUUUUUUUUUUUUUACAUACCUCGACUAUUUCUUUUUUAUACUCUUAACUCGACUAUUAUUUAUUUUAUAUGUCGUUUAUAUGUCUGAUUUUACCUUUGUUUCGCUUUUAACUAUUUUUAAGAAAAUUGGGAAAGCAAACGUGUAAAAAAAAAAAAAAGAAAAUGUGAUGUUUUUAACAGAAGAAACGUUUAAAACAACACGUAGAAUGAAUAAAAAAAGAAUAUGUAACGGAAACAUGUAACGUAAUAAAAGAAUAAAUAAGACCACUACUCGAAAAAGAGAAAGAGAGAA